AUGAGGAGAAGAGAACAACCUCCGCGUAAGAAAAAAUUCAAUCAGUCGCUCAGAGAGGGAAUAAAUAAUCACGUAUCUAAUGAUGAGGAAGACGAGGAAGAUGACGAUAAAGAUAGUAAAGAUGCAUCGGAAGAUGAAGAGGUGGAAGAGGGAGAGAAGGAAGAGCAGGAUGGGGAAGAGAAGGAGGAACAGGAUGAGGAAGGGGAAGAGGGCGAAGAGGAAGCAGAGUCGGAAGAAGAAGCCGAAAAACCAAUGGCCAAGUAUUCCAGAAUAUCUAGGAGACGACCAUUGAGAAAUCAAAAGGCAUUGCAGAGAGCAAGUCGGUACCGAAAAGGUCAUUGA